AAAGAAUUCUUUUCCGUUCUUGCAAUUCAAGAAGUACUAACUAUAUCCACCAAAAAAAAACCGUGAGUCGCGUCGACACUUUUUAAAACUCAGCUAGAUUGUCGUGCAAUAGCCGCAGUUACUGUCGGCAUGAGUCGCGUCGCGAAUUAGCAAUAUGAUGGUGAACGCGCUAAGAAAAACUAUACUGAAUUCUUAAGAAUGGAAUCGAUGCAGAUUUAGAGUCCUGCCGCGAAAUCGCGAGUAUGUGGCGAUCACACUAUGACUUCGCGAGCAUAUAGCGAUCGCGCUGUGGCUAUGAAAUCACGAUUGGAUUCCUAUAAAAUACUUUUUCUAAAAAAACAUGAAUUUACCAAGAUCACGCGACGCGACGCGACAGCCAUGAGUUUAUAGUGAUCGCGAUCGCCUCGCGACUUAGGCGUGAUCGUCGACCCGGGUACUAUUCUCAUUCGCCCAUUAGACCCAAAAGAUAUUCAUUUACGCGGUGUAAAAUUAGGUGAUCCACCUGUUCUUUUUCUUGUGGGUAGUACACAUGAAAAAUCGGGUCAAACACAAAAUUUUCAUUUACAUCUAUGGAAUAAUCGAAAAUGUAUUCAAGUUAAUCGUUCUUUAGAUAAAGCAUCGUUGGCUGUUAGUUUAAAACCAUUUUCAUUAGAUGAGAAAACAGACAUUGAUUUAGGUAAAAAGUUAUUCUAUUUAAAAUUAUUAUCAAAAGAAUUAGAUGAUAGUCAUGAAAUAACUUGUUAUAAUGAUGAAUGGAUUGAAUUAAUGUGUGAUUUAACGAGUUCAAUUCGUCGAUCGUAUUUAUUUCAAUACUAUAUACCGUUACGGUUAUUGUUUGAAAUAGAAUAUAAUAAAAUGUUAAAUAAUCUUGAUGAUAUAAUCGAAAAAUUAUCGUUAAAAGAAAUAUUUGUAUUACUGGAUAGAUACGGUAGUUACUCAUAUAUUUAUCAUGCUCUAUUAAAUAUCUUAAAAUUAAAUCCAUUUUUACAUCAAUUUGUUAUGUUGAUCAAACAUGUUGAUGCUGCUGCUGAUGAUAUAACAGCAAGUUAUAUACAAACAGCUAAACAAUUGGCAUCACUCUAUUUAUGUCAAUUUGAAAUAUUUCGUACACAUUCGUUAUUCACAGAUAUCUAUAAAGCAAUUAAAAAUGGAUUUGAAACAGAAUUGAUGGAUUUAACACCCGCCAUUACAUUAGACAGAUGGCCCUCAUGUUUAACACCCACACUCGAUGCUAUCGAACGACGUUUUGGACAAAAGUUGGCAAAUGACUUACGUUCAUUACCAUUUUAUCUUGUUUCAAAACGGUCACGCGAUGGUUUAGAACAUGAAGAUGGUCACAUUGAAUUUUGUUAUUCAUUUUCAAGGGCUGAAACAUUAUAG